AGGCUGUCUCUAGUUCUUAUUAAAGCUCAAUGUUCCAAACCUGGGACCUGCAGUACAUCAACCCUUAUUAUUUGUCGGAAGUGUAGCCUACACCUGGGGGCAGCAUUGGAUUAUUUGAUAGGACAAACAACAGCGAGGUAGAGACCGAGGUCAAUCACUCUUCAACAUUCACAACAUUAAAUUGUCAUAUUUGUGAGUCAAUAUACAAUUCAGUAUAGGAUUUACCUAUAGUACCAGAUGGGUUACUAAACCAUAGUUUAUUGUAAACCUUUGAUAUUGUAAUCCCCUUGAAAUAUGGCAUAAAAUCCCUAUUUCAGCACAAAAAAUAUGUUGAAAUAACAGGGAUUCUUUAGGACCAUGGGGUGAACUGUUCCAUUUGAUUGGUACCUUCACACUCACCCAGCACUAGAUUGAUAGCCGGUAAGGUCUGAAAUGCUGCUAUUUGACACUUUUACAUACAAAGCACAGUGCAGCUGCCUUCACUUCACAAGUAAGAACUGUGGUAGCUAUAGCCGGUGGUGUGUGUCUGUCUGUAUGCUGCACGUGGUCCCCGCUGUAUUUUUUCCCAUCUGAGCAGAAGACAAAAUGCAACUCCCCCAUUGCAGGCACACCAAAUACAAAUUUCAUUGAUGUUUUUCUUCAGGUUGGACAUCAGACUAUUGAGGCUUUGGUUUAACACUUUUUGUUAGAUUAGGUGGAGACGGAGUCCUGGAUAGAUUUAUAUGGGAUAGCCUGUAGAGAAUUCCUACUGAAAGGGAAGGAUCGCUGACGGAUUGUUAAACCCUCGGUCCACUUAUGUUUCCGACGGGAUCUAGUCUACUCGCCGCAGAACGCGCUUUCACGUUGGAAGGAGAGUGCAGCCUACCAUCCCAUGCCUUCCUCAACCCAAGGCCCCUAUGAGAGAGGCCUUUAAAGAGGAGGGGAUUUGACCAAACAAUCCAGCUCUGUAAGUCGGGAUGGAGGGUGGACAGGGAGCAGGGUCGUGCUCCAGCCAGGCUGUGGAGGCUGAGUACCCCGCCCAGGGGACAACUUCUCCAGCCAGGGGAGGAGGGGAUGCAGGGCUGGGCUCUUGCAAGCACAACGGACUGAUCAAUACCCACAGCUUGAUGGUGGAGACUAAGGAAGGGCUGGUGUCAGUGUACUCGGGGUCACAAUACCAGGGUCACAUGGUGGUCAACCUAUCCCCCCAGCAGGAGCAGAAUGGCCAGGGAGUGGGCGGAGGAGGGGGACACCCACAGCUGCUCAACCCCAGCGCUCUGCCCCAGGGCAUGGACCCAUGCUUCAGGCCCGACCUGAUCCUGUACUCUGAGAACACGCUGCGGGCCUGGGGUGAUGGAGUAGUUGGGGAUUGCUGUGAGACCACCUUCAUAGAGGACUUGGCAUCCGGUUCCUCUGCCGCCUCCAAGGAUACGCUGAUGUUUGCCGAUGGCAAGUUCCUGGACAUGUCUGUGGAGGAUGCAAAGAUCCAGACCCUGUCCUAUGACGAUGAUGAGUUCCAGGACCUGGAGAGCGAGUACUCGAGCGACUCAGAGAGUGAAGACAACUUUCUCAUGAUGCCACCGAGGGACCACUUGGGCCUGAGCGUCUUCUCCAUGCUGUGUUGCUUCUGGCCCUUGGGGAUCGCUGCCUUCUACUUGUCCCAUGAGACGAACAAGGCGGUGUCUAAGGGGCACUUACACUUGGCCAGCUCCAGCUCCAGACGUGCCCUCUUCCUGGCUGUGCUGUCAAUCACCAUCGGCACAGGCAUAUAUGUGGGCGUGGCUGUAGCGCUCAUCGCAUACCUCUCCAAGAACCACCACUUGUAGCCUUGCCCUGCCCCCACUGCACUGUACUGACUGCGCUGGGGGUAUGGUUCACUUGGGGGCAAUUGAACAAUGGAAUAUGGGCCUGCAAACUAUGGGACUAUCAGGAUGGACAGAACCUGGCCAUAUGGUUGACACAAUUCAUGAGCUCUAACAUGAGGUUCUUGAUAUGGAUAAUGGUAUUUUAACGGUCAAGUUAUUCUCUCAUUUUCACCAAGAAAAACGGAGACUGUUAGUUGUUCCAUACAUGACUGAUUUUCUUUUCUAGAUGUUUAAAAUUGGUUUGAGUUUUACCAAGGCAUAACACAGCCUGUGAGAGGUCAAACCAACAUGCACUAAAUAUUACCAGUACCAAGAGCAUAUCAUACGUUUACGGGGCAUGUUCAAUGCUCAGUUAAUGGUGAGUUGUGGAUGUCCAGCUACAUUUACCACACUAACAGUCACAUUUGGCAGCUCCUGUCGUGGAUCAAAGGGCUGCUAAAGAUGUCACUCAUCCAAACAUUCAACCUGUAUACAUUUAUUCUACGUCACAUUGAAUUGAUCCGUGGAUGUCACAUAGUGCAGCUCAACUGGAUCAUUUCUCGGUUGAAUAUGACAAAUUCUAUCAAGUAAUGGGAUGGUUAAUAUACAGUGCCUACAGAAAGUAUUCACACCGCUUGAUUACAGCCUGAAUUUAAAAUGCAUUCAAUUGAGGUUUUCAUUGUCACUGGACUGCACACAAUAACCCAUAAUGUCAAAGUGGAAUUAUGUUUUUCGAAAUUAACAAAUAAUAAUAAAAAAAUUAAAAGCUGAAAUGUCUUCAGUCAAUAAGCAUUCUACCCCUUCUGUUAUGGCAAGCCUAAAUAAGUUGAGUAAAAGAUAUGCUCCCAUAAUAAGUUUCAUGGACUCUGUGUGCAAUAAUAGUGUUUAGCAUGAUUUUUGAAUGACUACCUCAUCUCUGUACACCACACGUAAAAGUAUCUGUUGAGGGGGGGAGGCAGACAUUGAAUAUCCCUUUGAGCAUGCUGAAGUUAUUAAUUACACUCUGGAUGGUGUGUCAAUACACCCAGUCACUACAAAUAUACAGGCCUCCUUCCUAACUCAGUUGACAGAGAGGAAGAAAACCUCUCAGG